UGUUUUAUCCAAGUUUUCAUCUCAAAUUGAAAUCAUCUUACAAGAGCUUCAUUUAAGCGGUUUUUUCUUUGAUUAUCUGCGACGUUAUCGUAACUUGAAUCGUCUUCUACAAAAACUUUCUCUCAAAAAAAAAGUACGCAAAGAUGACUUGGAUUUCAAUAUUCACGGGUAAAUCUGGAUUUGCUGCUUCUUCUACAGCUGAAGAUGUUACGAAAGGAAUCGAUGGAACUGGCCUUACCGCCAUCGUUACUGGAGCUACAAGCGGUAUCGGCUUAGAAACAACACGUGUCCUUGCCUUACGUGGAGUACAUGUCAUUAUGCCAGUCAGAACCCUCGAAUCUGGUAAAAAGGUGAAAGAAAGCAUCGUCGAAAAAAUCCCGAAUGCCAAGAUUGAUGUGAUGGAGUUAGAUAUCAGCUCACUUGAAUCCGUACGACAAUUUGCAUCACAAUAUUGUUCAAAGGGGUAUCCUUUGAACAUCUUGAUACUGAAUGCAGGGAUCAUGAGUCCUCCCUUCUCUCUUAGCAAAGACAACAUCGAAUUGCAAUUCGCAACCAACCAUGUUGGUAACUUCCUUUUGACAAACUUGUUGCUGGAUACCAUGAAAAAGACCACAAAAGAAAGUGGGAAAGAAGGAAGGAUCGUUAUUCUUUCAUCCGAGAUUCAUAGGAUGACAUACAAAGAAGGCAUUAGGUUCGACAAAAUCAAUGACGAGAACAGUUAUAGUGCAUUCUCAGCUUAUGGGCAAUCAAAGCUUGCAAAUGCGUUGCAUGCAAAAGAGCUGACAAGACGGUUUCAGGAAGAAGGUGUGAAUAUAACGGCGAAUUGUCUGCACCCUGGAAUUAUUGCAACAGGACUUGCACGCCAUGGUGGUUUCAAUGCUUUUUUCUAUGGUGUGUUCAACCGUUUCUUGAAGAACAUCCCACAGGGAGCUGCAACUACAUGCUAUGUCGCCUUGAACCCACAAGUUGAGGGGGUUAGUGGUGAGUAUUUUGCAGACAGCAACAUGGGUAAAGCAAGCAAACAUGCUCAAGAUGCAGAACUCUCCAAGAAACUCUGGGAUUUCAGUUUGAAUUUGACCAAAUCCAACUAGUCUCCUUCUCAACUUCUUGGACCAUUGUAUGUUUGAUGUAAUAUAAUAUAAUGAUAAUGUAUGUUUGCGUAGAGAUGAAAUUUGUUUUAACCAGAGUUGUGAUUCGUGGAUGUCUUAUGUAAUCCUCUUUUGCUUAUUUUUUUUCUUUUAUGAUGAAUGAAACUCGAUUUUUUCGACUAUGAUAAUUGAUAACAUAGGCCACUCUCAUUAUUCAACUUUUAAAUUGAUGUCGUUUAUAUCAAAUACAAAGUAGAAUAACAGUUACUCCCUUUGAAU